GCGGUUGAAUGGGGUUGUAGCUGUCUGGGUGGGUGGAUAGCGUGACAGUUCGCUGCACUGUCAGUGUGGAGAGAGGUGUGUGUAAGCCGUUCAGCUGCACUUUCAUAACUUGCUAGCUAAUAAUCGGCUAACUUUAUUAGCUACUUAAAGCAGUUUAACCAGCGCAUAAGAUAAGAUAAAUAAACACGAAAAGGGUGGCUGAUCAUUCUGAACCAGAGAGAUACAGUGGAAUGGCAGCUCCAGGACCCAUUAAAGGUAUUUUGAAGAAUAAAAACAGAGGUUCCGGAACCAAGACAGGCCAUCAGCUGCAAGUUUCGCCAGCGGAAAGCCAGGACGGACUAGAUCCGGGGUUCUUGGACGAGAAGAAGUCACAAAAAUGGGAUGAAAUGAACAUUCUGGCUACGUACCACCCUGCUGAUAAAGACUAUGGCCUGAUGAAGAUCGAUGAGCCCAGUACACCAUACAACAGGAUGCUGCGGGACGACGGUGAUGAGGGAGCUCUGAGCGAUUCGGAGUCCAACACGGCCCUCACACCAGACGAGCUGGCCAGGAAGCUGGCUGUGGCGGAGGGGGCGGAGUCCCGUUUCAUGAGGGAGGAGGAAGAGGAAGAGGAGAGCAGCGAGGAAGAGGAGGAGCUCACCCCAGAAGAACAAGAAAAAAAGAAGCAGUUCGAGAUGAUGAGGAAAAGGCAUUACAACGAGGGCCAGAACAUUAAGUUGGCGAGGCAACUGAUUGCCAGUGAGCUGGAGGAAGAGGAAGAGGAGGAAGCAGAGAUGAAGGGUGACACGGAGAUGGAGGAUGUCAGCGAAGACCCUCAGGAUGCUGAUUCGCUGGAUUUCUAGAAGACGGCAAAGCCCAUGGAAACCCUUGUCUUUUAUAAAUAACAUGAGAAAUUAGGGGAAAAAAACUCCCUAUGUGGAUAAUGAAGUGAUGUCACCAUUAAACGCCACAGAGCACUGCUUCAGAGCGGACAAAGAGGACACUGCUGCUUCUUAACCUCAUUAACAUCUAUUAAUGAACACUGUUAGAUGAAGCAACACAGUGAGUGCAGAUCUACCAGUUCCUUCCCCUGUUUCCAGGAAAGGUCAUUCAGUGGAUCACAGAAAUGGAGACAGGCACAAGCCUGGACUCUGGACCUGCCUUCCGCAGGGUUUGCCCAAGCGUGAGGAAUCCCUCUCUCAAGCCAAAGCGUGGCUUUUUCAGAGCUGUAGCUUUCAUACCAUUUUCCACCUACCAGAAGCACUACACUUGAUCUAAGGACUGCCUUCUUUUUGAUCAGAAGUCUUUUUUUAAUCACACUUUUUUGAAGUCCUUUUUUCCAAAAUUUGAGUACAUUAUAGGAUCUUCCAAAAAGCAAACUAAGAAAACAAUUGUGCAUCAUGCCAUAUGUGUUAUCACACUGUUAGUGUUAGCCUUGUAAAUGUAUUCAGAUUAACUACUGAGAAGUGGGUUUGGGGCCUGGGGGAUCUUAGGUAUACUGCUGGUGUGUCAUUAGGAGUGUUUGUCAUUUGACAACAUUGAAAGGUUGUUUUAUGGUGGGGGCUAAUCAGUGUUCCUUCAAGUAAGCAGAUUAUUUAUCAUUUAAUCCGUUGCAUUACACCAACGGAAACUCCAAGAGAACUGACUCGCACAGUGUGUACAGAUUCUUGUGUGUGUCUGGCUGCGUUCUCUUCGCGUACAAUAUAUCUUUCGUUUUAUUGGACAGGUUGUUUGUGUGUCUUCAUGGUGCGAGGUGUUUUAAUGUGUGAAUACACGAUUCACCGUCUCAUACAACAAGCAAGACCGCCAGAUGGAACGAUCAAUACCGGAAAAAGUGUAUUAUAAUAAUGGCCAGGACAUUUAGUUCAAGUCAAUAAUGAGCACGCUUGGCCGUACCAAUCAAGCGGAGUAUGAGCGUGCUUUUGAGCAAAUAUUUUUGUAUUUGUAUUUCAAAUAAAUAUGAAUUUAUGGGGAAAUUGAAUCGUUGUGUUGACUGUGCAAUAAAUUUACUUUUUCAUCCAUGUUCGUGUGUAGGCGAAUAUACUGGGCAAAACGCAUGAGGUGUAUGGAUUUCCCCGCGUGUACCGUAUGAUUUCGAUAAAAAGUGUCUGUCACAACACCU